GCAUUACUUCCUACUCUGCAGCCAAACGUUGGAUCACACGGAUCCCUGCGUGACUGUGGAUGCACCUGUUUCGUCUUCGGCGGGGACACGAGGAACCUUAAAAUGACGCUUUUCGUUGUUUGACCAGAAAGCCGAUUUUCUCUUCAGGACGUGAGAAAGACUCGCCGACGUCUUCUGACUUUUGCUCCUCGACAUCAAAGCCUUCCUUUCGGCAGGGAUUUAAACCACGCGUGUUCCGGCACAACGGAGCCAAUCCAAUUUCUCUGUGAGGAUGACCUUCGGCCUCCAAGCUGCCCUGUUGUUGGGGGUUCAGCUGGUUCUCUCACCGGCUGCCCCCACAAUCCCAAGCAACUUCUUCUACCGCGACUACCUCAAUGGACACGGCGACAAAGGCACCGGUUUCAGCGGCGUGAAGCUCCAGGUGGAUUCCGCUCAGCCGACGGUGUUCUCGGUCAGAGGGGGUAACGCCACGGUGCCGUGCAGGUUCUGGCGCGAGCCCGAGUCGAGCUCGCCCAGGCGGGUCCGGGUCAAGUGGUCCUGGCGGCCUGCUGCCGGGGGACACGAGACAGACGUGCUGGUGGCCGUCGGCUCCCGCAGUCGCGGUUUUGGGGCCUUCAGGGGCCGCGUGCAGCUCAGACGGGAGUUCCCGGGAGACGCUACGCUCCUGAUGACUGACCUCCUUUUGAACGACACAGGAAGUUACCGCUGCGAGGUGGUGGACGGACUGGAGGACAGGAGCACUUCCGUUUAUCUGGAGUUACGAGGGGUGGUGUUUCCCUACCAGCACCCUGGUGGUCAUUACCACCUCAGCUUCCCGGCAGCCCAGCAGGCCUGUGAGGAGCAGGACUCCACACUGGCCACCUUCCCACAGCUCCUCCGGUCCUGGAAGGAAGGCCUGAACUGGUGCAACGCCGGGUGGCUGGCCGACGGGACGGUGCAGUACCCGAUCACCCGGCCCAGGGCGCCAUGCGGCGGGAGCGGCCACGCCCCCGGCGUGCGGAGCUACGGCAGACGGCACCUGCACCUUCAUCGCUUCGAUGUCUUCUGCUUCUCCUCUUCACUCCAAGGGAAAGUCUACUACCUUCAGUCCUCCAAGAUGAACCUGACUGAUGCUCAGCAGGCGUGUCAGGAGGACGGGGCGCAGGUCGCCAAAGUGGGACAGCUCUACGCCGCCUGGAAACUGACGGGGUUGGACCAUUGUGACGCCGGCUGGCUGGCCGACGGAAGCGUUCGGUACCCCAUCAGCAGCCCCCGAAGAAACUGCGGCCCCCCUGAGCCCGGGGUGCACAGCUUUGGCUUCCCACCCCCUCAGCACAAGCACGGGGUCUACUGCUACAAGUCGGGUGAUCGUUGAGAAGAUCCAUCUCAGCUGUGGGGCCAGAGGUGUAAAGUUGGCACAGGUUCCUUUAAACAUGUCAUCAAUCAUAGAAUAUCAAGAAAGAGCUUGAGAUGAUUGAGAUGUUUAAUAAAAGAAAGCCACUAGAAAAAAGGCUUUUACGGGAAAACAAAGAUAGAUUUACUUUUUCAGACUUUUCUCUCUUCUUUUCUUUUGAUGUACUGAAUCAUUUUUCAUUCUGGAGCCUCAAUAACUAAUUAAAAUUAAAAUUAUUGCUGGGUUUUUGUACAGCCGGCUCACAAGUAGAUAUAGUGUCCAAGUGUUUUGUUUUUUGUUUUGUUACCCGGAAAUAGAAGCCAUUUGAUUGUUUUGUUAUUUCUAUAAUAUCACCUCAAUAUUAUAGAUAGAUAGAUACGUGGAUAUAUUAUACGGAAUUUCCUUUUAUUGUGACACAAAUAAGAUUUUUUUUUUUAUUUACAAAGAUUUUUUGUGUUGCGAUACAUUUUGAAUAUUGAACUUCAAAUUAGUAUUGCGUUUUUGUUACCUUUACGGAUAUGCAUUAAAUCAUCCUGGGAUGUUUGUUGAAAUGAAUUGGAUAGCCGUACCUAUAAAAUCUUCCACCAGCCGCCAUUGCCUCUUGGAUUUUUGAAGUUUUUUUUUUUUUUUUUUGCACAUGCGUGUAUUAUGUUUGUGCGCAUCAAACGUAUCAUUGUUAUUCACAGAGAGUGUGGGUAACAAAAAAAAGGUCUGUCCCUACUGUUUGUGUCUGAAAGAGUGAAAAAGCUUAAAGCACAACGUUCUUCACCUCCUUAAAGAGUUCCCACUUUGUCCGGACUUUUCCACUGAUAAUUAUCUGUAUAACAGAACAAUAAAAGUGUCCCGGUGCCUCA